GUACGACAGAACUCAUUAGUCUUGCAACAUUUCAACAACCGCAUCACAAGAAUGGAUCUUGUGGAACAGUCUGCAGCAAUGUACAAAUGAAAAUUGUGGAUAUAGAAAGUGGAAAAAUACUUGGUCCGAAUCAGGCGGGAGAAAUAUGGGCGAAGUUUGCAAGUAUGAUGACAGGUUACUAUAAAAGUCCGGAGAUGAAAAGUGUAAUUGAUGAAGAUGGAUGGCUGCAUACGGGUGAUUGUGGUUAUGUAGAUGAAGAUGGGGAAUUGUUUAUUAUUAAUAGAAUAAAAGAUGUCAUAAAGUAUAGAGGACUACACAUCAGACCUGGAGAAAUUGAAAAUGUCUUAUCGUCUCAUCCAGCAGUGCAAGAAGUUGCAGUAAUAGGGGUACCUCAUACGUUAGACGGCGAACACCCUCUUGCUUUCAUUAUCAAAAGGCCAGACGCUACGGUAACAGAACAAGAACUGAUAGACUUUGUAGCAAAAGACAUGAUGGAUCAUUAUAAACUUCGUGCUGGUGUGAUAUUUUUAGAUAGUUUUCCACGUACAAGUACAAACAAAAUCAUAAAAAAAGAUUUGAAAGCAAUGGUUACAAAGUAAAAAAA